AUGCAGGUUGUCUCCCCACCGCUGCACGCGCUGCCGGAGAGAAGCGUCGCCGCCCACCCGCUCAACCCGGCCAUCGUUGCCGUCUCCCUCACCACAGGCCACGUCCACCUGCUCGACACUGAUGCCGGGCCCAACGCCGAACCGCUGCAGCUCUCGUCCGACGCGGCUUUUCCGGUCAAGCGCGGCGCCCGCGGCAUCGCCUUCUCGCCACAGGGCUUAGAGGUGUAUGUUGCUGGCGAGUCGGGCGUCCUGGCCUUUGCCGUACCGUCGCUUGCCGCCCUGCGCGCCGGCGCCCGCUCCUCGCCCCGGCUCAUUGUCGGCUCGUUGACGGGCCGCAACGCCGGCACGCUGGCUCCGGUUCCGCUGGCCUCGGCUUCUGGUCUAGAUCUGCAGUCGGGCGCGGAGUAUGCCGAUGUGCCGGCCCUCUCGAUUGUGUUCAAGCUCAUAUACGGCCUUGCCGUCCACCCGUGCUCCGGCGCGCUGUACAUUGCCGAUCGAGGAGCCAACACCAUCUACAUAGCUACGCCUCCUCCGUCGACCGCGCCCGCAACAAACGAGUGGACCGUCCGCCCGCUUGUAGCCCGUUUGGGCGUCACCGCUGCAGACGGCCCAUUCUGGCUCAACGAGCCCAAAGGCCUCGCUGUCUCGCCCUCAGGCAACGCGCUCUUCUUCUCGCAGUACCACGCCAUUAUCCGCCUCGACCUUGCCUCGCUGCAGCUGACUCGCAUCGCUGGCACCAAGGCCUCAGCCACUGCCCCACCAUCUGCGCCGAUCUCUGCCACCAUCCCGUCGCUCCUCAACCCAUCCGGCAUCGCCCUUGCUGGCGACAACUCAAUCCUCGUCUGCCUCUAUUCGUGGACGGUGGUGCUCUCCGUUGCGCUCACUCCGGAUGCUGCUGCCGAUGGCGUGACUCUCGACACCGCCACUGCCGGUGACAUGGCUGUCUCGCCGCUGCCGACUGGCUCGGUCCCGUCGUUUUCAUCCCCCAUCACCGUCGCCGCUCUCUCCACCGGCAGCCUUGCUGUCGUCGAACACUCGAUAGCACUGCGCAUUGUUCCUGGCGCGUGUGCAGCCUCAGAUCCACACGCCCACCUCCGCCGCCCGUGGUCGCCAGUCUCGCACCUCGCCUUCUCGCUCGCUGUCCGCCGCACCAUCUUUGUCGUCCUCGUCAUCGCCCGCGCUGUCAACCCGGCCACGUCGGACUACACCUACGCCUCACACUGCUUCCUUCCACACCUCCCCAACGAGAUCCUCCACUUGAUAUUCGCCCACAUCGCCCGCGCCCAAUAACCACCAUCCAUUAACC